AUGGCGCGCUCAGUAGCUGAUGCAUCCGUCAUCUUGUCCGUCAUCGCCGGCCGUGAUCCGCUCGAUAACUUUACUCUCGCGCAACUCGCGCAUGUAACGGACUUCACGAAAGCGCUCGUCUCGAAUGGCCUGCGAGGCGUGCGACUGUGUGUCCCGCACCUAUCCGGCAGCGAUGAUCCGAACAUCAUGGCAGCCUAUAACCUCCCUGACGCCGAGGAGCUCCCGGGGAGCAACAACGAGACGAUCGUGCUUAACAUCGACUUCAAGGUUGACGUCAAGAACUACAUUGAUGGUCUACUUGAGGUGCCCACGAACGUUGCCGAUCUUGCGAACCUCAUUGCCUUCAACUUCGCACAUGCUAGCGAGGCGCUCGUACCGCUCUUCUCCACAGAUCAGUCUGAGUAUGUUCUUUGCACCGCGUUCUUUGCUGCUCUUGCCGCAGACGCCGAUCUGGGGCGUACGCGAUGCAUAGACGAAGCGCUCAAGAAGUUCAACCUCGACGCCAUCUUGCUUCCUACGGAUGUUACCGUUCCACUUGGAUUCCAGCCUGACAAUGUCACUGCAUCCGCAGUCAACUCGGUCAUCGAGCGCGCACCAGGGCUUUCGUUUGGUCUUGCGUUCAGCAAGUUCGAGUUGAUCACCUACGCUUUCGCGUACGAGCAGGCCACACGUACGCGCCUCAAUCGUCUUGCAUUCCCUGCAACCGUCCCCAAGGCGCAACUGGUGGACGUUAUGUAG